ACACACUUGAAGUAACACAUACAGACAGUGCAAGAGCAUCCAGUGACAGUGACAGACAGUGCCUGCAUCUGCUAUGUGCAUCCUUUGUGAGAACGUUUUUGCGAAGCAGGGCUCAGUCGGAGAACAAAGAUCAUUAACAUGAAUGUCAUCUUACGGAGGAAUUGAUUGAAAGAGGAUUGAGUGAAAAGGAAAGGAUGGAAAUGUAGACUUGCAUUCAGCAAAAAGGAUGAAGAAACAUUCAACUAAAGUUGCUCCUCUCAAUUCCUACAGCACUCAGGUGCUCAUCUACCCCUUCUCUGAUGGUCAGGAGGGUUCCGAGUCCCAUAGAGAGAUAUCUGCCAGUGAGUCAAGUGGUGAGGACACAUCCUAUAAAACCUUCACAAAAACAGUGUUCAAAGUGCUGGGAGGUUUGCUGGUGGUUCUCUGUGUGUCCUCAUCCUUGGUGGGAACCACACAGUUGGUCCAGCUCACCUACGAGUCUUUCCCAUGUCCUUUCUUCAUCUCCUGGUUCAGCAGUAACUGGAACAUCUUCUUCUUUCCAUUAUAUUACUUUGGAUAUAUGUCUACCACACAUGAGAAACAGAGUCUGAUUCAGAAAUUCAGGGAGUGCAGCUGUGUUUUUGGAGAAGAGGGAAUGACUUUCAAACUGUUUGUAAAAAGGACAGCACCUUUCUCCAUCCUUUGGACACUAACUAACUAUCUUCAUCUGCUGGCCCUACACAAGCUAACAGCUACAGAUGCAUCAGCUUUAUACUGCUGUCACAAAGCUUUUGUGUUCCUGCUGUCCUGGAUCAUUCUCAAGGACCGUUUCAUGGGUAUAAGAAUUGUUGCUGCUAUAAUGUCCAUCACUGGCAUUGUUAUGAUGGCCUAUGCAGAUGGCUUCCAGGGUGAUUCUAUCCUUGGUGUGGCUUUAGCUGUGGGCUCUGCCUGCACCAUGGCACUCUAUAAGGUCCUGUUAAAGAUGUUCUUGGACAGUGGAAGACUGGGAGAGGCAACACAUUUCUUCUCUACAAUGGGAUUAUUUAAUUUCAUCUUCAUCUCUGGUGUGCCCCUGAUACUCUACCUCACUCAUAUGGAGCACUGUGGUUCUUUGUCAUCACUGCCCUGGGGAUACUUAUGUGGAAUAGCUGGUCUCUGGCUUGUAUUUAAUGUGUCAGUCAAUGUGGGGAUUUUUUUAACCUACCCCAUCCUUAUCUCCAUUGGCACCUUGCUCAGUGUACCAGGCAAUGCAGCUGUAGAUGUGCUGAAGCACGAAGUCACCUUCAGUGUGGUGCGUCUAGUGGCAACGUGCAUUAUUUGUCUGGGGUUCCUGCUGCUGCUUCUGCCAGAAGAAUGGGACUCUCUUAUAUUGCACUUCCUGGCAACUCUUGCUGAUAAGAAGUCUGAUGAUCAUGGAGAAGAGUUGACUGAGUCAAGGAUUCAUACAUGUACCUUUAGCCAGGCCAACGGUGCUGUCUCAAUCCCCUUGGCUUGACUUUCUUGCUCAGUUGAUAAGCUCUGGCUGCCCAUGGAUAUCCAUGCCCAAUAUCAUACACAGAAAUCGAUAAAACAGUGAAUGUUAAUAGAGAUCCCAUUACUACCAAACAGAAGCCCACGAGGCGAAACUCUGAUAGUUCUGUGGUAGCACUCUCUGCAUUUUGGACUUAACACACCAGAAUGGCAUACACUAGCCAGAUAGAAUACUGUACAAUGGGUCGUAGAAACAAAUUAUAAAAACGUAAUAAGUUGAAAGUCACACCAUAUCCUUACAGUUCAGUUUAAAUAACAACAUUAGUAAUACUGUGCAUAUUGAUAAUAUUGUUCGCAUGUCAGUUCAUAGAGCAAAAACUAAAAUGCUUGAUAGGCAACACUUUAGACAGAAAGACUUCAGACAAAUGGCGUU